AUGGCCACUUCCGAUAUGGAUCCGGCGACUACUGAGAACCCCGAACCGCAGGUCGUCUUCAAACCUAGCAAGAAACGCAAGCACUUCAGACAGCGCGCAGAGGAGUCGGAGACCAAACCAGAGGAUGCGACACAUCAGGGUGCCGCGCAAGCGCUCCCAGCCCAAGACGGCGAGGCCAACCCUCGCGACGCACACGAUGGGAAUUCAGAUACGGAACAGUCGUCGGUGGCAGAAGCGCUCCGUUUACGCAACGCUCGCAAGGCAAGACUCAAGGGCGUUGGCUUCCGGCCAGAGGGUGCACCUAAACUCCCGGACGAGAUGAACACGGAGCGGAGCCUCGUCCUCAAAGAAGAUCCAAGUGGCCCGGACUCCAUGGAUUACGGCAUCUCAAGGCGUUUCGCACCACAGGCAGGACUGGUCGGCGAGCUUGUCAACAAGCAUAUGGAGGAAUAUAUAGAAUCCGAGUUGGCUAGACGGCACGCCGCCGAGAAGGCUAUUGAAGCAGAGAACAUACAAAAACAAUCUUCGCAGCCGGCGGGUUCGAGCAGCACAGAUCCAACCAAACAACUCGGAGAGCGGCCGACCAUGCAUGGUAAACUACAGGAGGUUGAUCUCGGCGAGGAAGUCCGGAUGCGCAAUGCGAACAUGACGGAACAGGCACGCAGGCGCCUGGCAGGCGAGGCCGUCGAGGUCGGUGACGACAGCUCGAGGAAGCGAGUCAGAAUCGGCAAGGACGGCAAGCCAUGGCGCGGGCGAAAAAGGCGCGGCAGCGACGAUGUCAAACGUGAUCAACUCGUGGAAGAGCUCAUGCGAGAGAACAGACUGGAUGUAUACGACAUGCCCGCUAAGCCGGAGGCUUCUGGUGAGCCGGGCUUCGAUGAGGCCGCAGAUGAGAAGAUCGCGGAACAGUUCCGCCGUGAGUUUAUGGAUGCAAUGUCCGAGAGACGGCAGCAGCGGAAAAAGGCAGCACCGCAGCCAGCUCGGCCUGGAGCGAAGCAAGAGGAGGUGCUGAAGGGGCCGAAGUUGGGCGGCAGCAGGAAUGCGCGAGCUGCGAUGCGCGAUCUCCUACUAUCGCAGCAAGAAAAAGACAAGAAACGAUAA